AUGAUUACGAAUAAAAAGAAUAGAACUGCAAAAAACAAAAAUUACAUUAUAAAUGUAAACUGUUAUACGUGGAUUAAUAAUAGCCAUGGAUUAUUUGACUACGAGAGUGAGAAUUUUUAUAAGAAAUGUUUCAAGAUCAAAUGUUUAUACAACUAUUAUUAUAUAUUGAAAGAUGAUAUAAAUGUCGAAAUAAAAAAUGAGGAAGAGAUAAGUAAUGUUAUGGGUAAUAAUAAUAGUUUGAAAUUAAUAUGUAAAAUAAAAUAUAUAAAUAAUAAUUAUCAACUAAUACCAUGUAUAGAAAAUAUAUAUGAUGAUACAAUUAAUAGUGACACAAAAGUGAAUGAAGUAAAUGAAAAUAAUAAUAAUAGUAAUAUUAACAACAAUAAUAAUAAUAAUAUUAAUAUUAAUAGUAAUAAUAAUAGUAACAACCAUAAUAAUAAUAGUAACAAUAAUAAUAACAAUAAUGACAAUAAUAAUAAUGAUAUGGAUAAUUUCUGGGUGAUUGUAAAAUAUUUAAAAAAUAAAAGUUCCAUAUUACAUGAAGAUGAUGUUAUUAAACUAGGAAGAGUUAAAUUGAAAAUAAAAAAGAUUAUAACCAAUGCACAACAAGAAAGGGAAUAUAACAAAUCACAAUCUCCUUUUGAUGAUGAUGAAUGUGAAACGGUAGCACCAGAAACAGAACAUUUGAACACAUCAACAAAUAAUAUAAUGUCUAAUAGUUAUAUGAAUAGUAGUGUUAUAAAUCAUAACAUGAAUUUUAAUAACAAUGUAUUAGAAGAUGAUAUUUGUAUACAUUGUGAGAAUCUUAUAGUAGCAAAAAGAGAUACACAAGUUAAUCUUAUUAGUAUAGAAGACAAUAUAAAUAAUGUUGAAGAUGAACAUGCAAGGAAUACAAGCCAAUUUAUAUCAAAUGGAAAUGUUAGUAUACAAAUGACUGAUAACGAAAAUAAUAAUAACAUGAAUAAUUCUUAUUUAGAUGAUUUUUAUUUAUUUAAAAAUAAUACAUCUAAUCAUGAGUAUUCAAAUAAGCAUAACGUAAUAGAAAAUAAUAAUAAUAUGCACAAUAGAUAUACUGACAGUGCACAAAUGUAUGCAAAUAAUAUAGAAAAUAUAAAUAAAAGAGGAGAGCAAUCAAAGGGAAAUUUAGAUCAAAAAGAAUUAGGACUAGUUUCUCCAGAUAAUAACAACAAUAAUAAUAAUAAUAAUAAUAUUAAUAAUUCUAUACUUUCAAACAAUAUAAGAGGAAAUAACAAACAUCCCAAUUCAGCCUUAAAAUUAUCUAAUAACAAAGAUAAUAAUAAUAAUAAUAGUAAUAAAAUAAAUAAGUGCCUUGCAGGUAAAAAUGUUACUUUAAAUAUUGAACAAGAAGCAAAUAGGGAUAUUAUUGGAGAGUUAGAAAAUAUGAACCCAAAUAUUGAUGAAAGGAGAAAUACUUCUAUAAGUAUACAUAAUAAUAAUAUCAUUGAAGAUAAUAUAAACGUAUUAAUCAAUAAUAAUAUAAAUAAUAAUGUUAUAAGGACUAAUUCAAAUGUAGCCAUUACAACAAAAUGUUGUUGUAAACACAGUGCAAUGAAUAAUUUAUUUAACCAAAAUAAUAAUAAUAAUAAUAGUUCUAAUAAUUCAAAUAGUAUUAUUAGAAAAUAUAAAAAAGAAGAUUUAUAUGAUGAUUCUAUAAAAGAUAUGUGCAUUCUUAAUGGUAAGGAAUUUACUAAUCCUCCAAGUUUAUAUAAUUGUCGAAUAUGUUUAUGUGAAUAUGAAAAUGUAAAUAACCCAUUAGUAUCGCCAUGUAAAUGUAAAGGUUCUAUGAAAUAUGUACAUAUAAAUUGUUUAAGAACAUGGAUGAGAGGAAGAUUAAAUGUUAGAAAUGACUGUUCUUCUUGUUCAUUUUUUUGGAAACAAUUAAAUUGUGAAUUAUGUAAAUUUCCAUAUCCAACUUAUAUAUAUAUUCAAAAUAAAUAUCUAGAAUUAUAUGAAAUACCUAAGCCUGAAUUACCAUAUAUUAUUAUAGAACUAAUGAAUGAUAGAAAUAAAGGAUUUUAUAUUGUUAGUUUAGCUAAUACCAAAUGUGUUCGUAUGGGAAGAGGUCAUGAUAGUGAUGUCCGUGUUAAUGAUAUCUCUGUUUCAAGAUUUCAUGCUUUAAUAAAAUAUCAUAAUGGAAAUUUUUAUAUAGAAGAUUGUAAGAGUAAAUUCGGUACCUUGAUCCAAAUAAGAAAACCUGUAUUUUUUAAUAUCAGAAGAAAUAAAUUUAUUGCUUUACAAAUUGGUAGAACUGUUAUGUAUGUAUAUAUGAAAAGAAAAAAUUGGAUAUUCCUACCUAUAUGUUUAAAAUUAUCAAAAACAAAAGAUGAAGAUGUUAGUACCCUUGACAAUUUCUCUUCAAAAUUGUUAGUAGAUAAUAAUAUGCAAGCACCUAUUAAUAACAAUUUUGAAUAUAACAGAGAUAAUAAUAAUGAGCUAGCUAAUAUUGAAAAUACAAAUCAAAUUCGAGAAAGAGUUAAUAAUCAGAUAAUAAAUAAUGAAUCCAACAAUGCUAAUGUGAAUGUCAAUAAUGCAUUAAAUCAAAAUGGUGAUGUUCAUAUGAAUGUUAAUAAUAGUAUAUUAUUAGACGGUAGAAAUAGCAACAAUAAUAAUAAUAAUAAUAAUAAUGAUAAUAAUAAUAAUGAUGAUGAUUAUGAUAAUAUUUAUGAUAAUAAUAAUGAUGAUUAUAUUGAUUGUAGAGGAGAUAAUUUAAAUAUCUAUAAUAACAAUAAUCAGCAAAAUGUUAACAGCCAAAUAAACAUAAAUAAUAAUAAUAAUAAUAAUAAUAAUAAUAAUAAUAAUAAUAAUAAUACAUAUAAUUCAAUUAAUAAUAUCGAUGAAGCUGAUAUAAAUUUAAAUAGCACAACUAGCGAACAAAAUUUAACUUUCUCAAAUAUAUCUAUAAAUAAUAAUAUUAAAAAUGAACAAGUUCAAAAUAAUAAUAAUAAUACAAAUAAUAUCACAAAUGGAAAUAUAAACAAUAAUACAAAUUCACAAAAUAUUCUUUGA